AUGCAUCAGUGCCAAGAUUGCGAAAAUAUGAUACCUCCUAACAGAUUUAGGUGCCAUUAUUGUCACCAAAGAAUACAAGAGGAUCCCGAAAUGCAAAUGUUUGUGGCGGUAAUGGAUCUGGUAAAAGAAAGGGUUGCAAUGUAUAGUGAUUUAAUACAAAAUCGUAUCCUAAUGGUAAAAGAAGACAUAAUUUCAUGUGUUUCUGAAGCAAUUUUUAACUAUAAGCAAACAAUUGUCCAAAACUUAGCUAAGAUAAACAGCUGAACCGAACCCAAUUCAUUUAGAGAUCUUAAGACCAUUUAUGGUGAGCCAAAGCUCACCUGCUAAGCCUUAAGGCUGCUAUUACUCACCGCUAUUGAUGACAAGACAGCUUAUCUUCACAACUCAAAUUCGUUGUCUCGCCAGAACAUCCUCUUAAAUGCGAUUACCCCAAAUUAACUUGCAUCUCCUCCAUAAAGUCAUAUGAACUGUGGACUUGCAUCCAUCUUGCCUCAUCCAUCUAUAUGCUCAUUUUGAAUUGUGUAGAGACUUGCGCAGCCUGUACUGCCUAGUACUCGUCCACACACCUUGUUCCGUCCAUCUCACUAGCUAUCCUAUCACAGGAGCCCAAGGUCCUUUAAUCCGAUGUUAGAGCUUGGAUCGAGGAAAAGUUCUUUGCCAACUGAGCCAAAAACUUACCCUGAAGAAAAAUUAACUUUAUAAAAGGCAACUCUUUUUAGGUCGAGUAGCCAUUUCUCCGAUUAAAAUUUUUUAAAUAAACAGCUAUAUGGAUAUUGAAGAUCAAUAUUACUUACUACCCCCCCCCCCCCCCUCCGUGAGCGAACAAAACCAUUAGAAAAAUCGCCAUUUUUUGACCAAAAACCCACCCUCCGUGAGUGAACAAAAAUUUUUUUAAUAGAAAAAAAUUUUAAUGGAAAAAAAUUUUGAUAUAUAAGUGAUAAUUAGUAUAAUGAAAUCUAGAGCUAAUUCUGUUUAAUUUUAAAAAAUUGCGUUUUAAAACAUAAAUUUUGCAAAUUAAAUUAAUAUUUGCUUCCCAAUUUUUGCAAAUUAGGAUUUUUUUAAAUUUCGAAAAAAAUAUUUUUUAUAAAAUUUAUAUAUAAAAUUUUUUUUUAAAAAAAAAAAUUAACCCCCCUCCGUGAACGAACAAAAUUUUUUUGUUCGCUCACGGAGGGGGGGGGGAGUUAGAUGAUGAUAUGAUGGAUAUUCCAGACCCCCAGAAUAUUAUUGAGUAUUUAGAUAUUCCACAAAUGCAAUUUAAUUUAGACUCAAAUGAAGUCCAAGAAGGUUUUAGGCAAGUUUUAAGAGGCAAUUAUGUGAUGUUCAGAGAGCUUAUAAAAUGCACAGGAAAGCCUCCUGCCGAUAUUGGCGAUAUUGCUUAA